UUUAGUCACUACGUGUCUGUGUUAAGGUGUUUUGGUGUAAUUCAACUCUUAAAUAAUUGAGAUCUUAAUGAGUUAAUUGGUAGUGAUCGUCAUUUGCACCUACGCGAAUAAUAAUCAGUGUACAGUGUCGGACUGCCUCGAAGUGUACCUGUUGACCAAAUUUUAAAAGAAACAAUUUCCGAACUGGAAAUCUAAACGUCAAAAUAAACUUAUUUUUAAGUAAAAUUGUGGGUUAUUCCCAAAAAAAAAUAACAAAUUUGUGUACAGUUGUGUUAAAAAUUUUGUUGCCUACAGUUCGCACUUUAUUAUAUUUUUGUCUUAAGAAAAUAUCAACAGCAAAUUAUUAGAUCCAACACCAUAAAAACACCAUACGGGUACUUUCCUGUUUCUGAUAACACUGAAAAUUUAAUUGCACUUACGUCUGGUCGUUUCCCCUCGACCCGCCACCUGGCGUUCCUCUUGUUGUGGCUUCUCGUUGUAUCAUUAAUUAUUAUAGUAGUUACUUCAAAGAAUCUACUUAUCUCCGAGAAACUCGAAGAGCACAUACUUCGCACCUAAGUUCAGUCAACCGGGGAAUCUAAAUAGUUGUGGCGGUAGUGUUACGGUGUAAUAAUAUGCAAAAUUUGAAAAAUGGGGCAAUUCUACCAUCUUCUGCCGAAGCCAGCGAACAUGGUUGUAGUAGGAAUAAAAAGAGAAAGGUAAUAAUUGCUGUAUGUGUCGUUGGACUUGUUUUACUAGUAGCUGGACUCUUCUACCUAGGAUUUUCAGGUAUCUGGACAUCGAAUCGAGACAAUGUAAAAUUGGAAACCUGCACGAAUUCGUCAUGCGUUCACGCCGCUACCCAAAUCCUCCAACACAUCGACAUCAGAGCAGAUCCAUGCGAGGAUUUUUAUCGAUUUUCCUGCGGUAAUUUCCUGCAGAACACGCACUUGCUAGAUAAUCGAGAAUCCCGAUCGGGAUCUCGAUCAGUCGAGGAUAUCGCCCAGGACGAGAUUCAAUCCCAAAUAAGAGAAAUGCUGGAAAGGCCAAUACUGCGCGAGGAUCCGAAAUCCUUCAACACCGCCAAAAAGUUUUAUCGAGCUUGCAUGAACGAAACGGCCAUAGCCCGCCAAGGAUUAAAAAAGAUAAAAGAAAUUUUGGAAAUGAGCGUAGGCUGGCCCACCCUGCAUGGCUAUAAUUGGGACGACAAGAAGUUCGAUUGGAUGGAGUCGGUACAUAAACUUCGGCAGUUGGGAGUUAGCUCCGAUGUCUUUUUUCGGGUGACUGUGGAGAAAGACGAUCGGGGAGCCAAUUCCAGAUACGUUAUAGGCAUACACGACAUACCAUACGCCGAACUAAAACCAAACCAUGAGUCCAGAGAUCUCUUACUCGAAUAUAUGCGGGAGAUAGCCGUUAUGUUUGGGGCCGACAGAGAAGUUGCAAUUAAGGAUGCUAAUGACACCCUGGAAAGUCUUGAUAAACUUGGACAGAUUGAGAAAGAUUCUUAUUUAGUAAACAAAACUAAACCUCAAAUUGAGAGAAGGGCAUUAUCAGAACUCCAGUAUAAGUACAGGGAUAUCCAGUGGCAUCACUAUCUUAGUGGACUACUCACACCAGCUACCAAUGUUAAUUAUGACGACGAGGUAAUCAUUUGGAGAAUUCGAUAUGUAGAACUAAUGGAAACCUUUUUAGCUGUUACUUCGAGAAGGUCAUUAGCAAAUAUCGUAGCAUGGCACACAAUUCAGGAACUCAUAUACUAUUUACCAGAAGAAUUUGCACAAAAAACACAAGAGCUGAUAGAGAGGAUGAACAGAAGGCUGGUUAACUUUAAGCUGCCAAGAUAUAAGACGUGUCUCAUUGAAACAGAGAAAAGUCUAGGUUCAGUCCUGGCCGCUGCCUACAUUCAGAAUUCCUUCUCAGAAAACAAACGCUACAAAGCAAUGGAGAUGAUCGCGAACAUAAAAGCACAAGCUGAAGAAAUCAUUACUAGAUCAGAAUGGAUGGACGGAAUAACCAAAGAGUUGGUUAUACAAUCUCUGCGCACUAGUGUAGAGAAACUGCCAUCUACUGGAGAUCUACUUAAUCUUUUAGAGGAAAAUAAGUCACUCUAUGCACAGAUCAGAAUAAACGAAAGUGAAUAUCUUGAAGCAGUUUUAAAUUUACGUCUUGUUCAGUUAUAUAGAGAACAAAGCAAAUUGAGAAAUACUUACGAAGAAGAACCUUUUAGUGAACUGUAUACUGUAUCGGGAGUGAAGAUACAUUAUUCGCCGAAAGAAAACCAAUUAACUUUCCCAGUCGGCAUAUUCGGCGGUGUCUAUUACCAAAACGACCGACCGGAGUACAUGAACUACGGCAUUCUGGGCUCUAUAAUUGCCCACGAAGUAUCCCAUAUAUUCAUGAGGGCCGCACGCGGAGAUCAAGCCCCCAGGGAGUUAAGGAGUUGGUGGUCGCCCAACAGUCUCGCGAAUUACGAUCAGAAACUACAAUGUAUAUCCAAUCAGUACAGCAACUUCAGGCUUACAGAAUUAAGACAGAGACACCUAAAUCCUGCGGAAACCCUCGACGAGGACAUGGCAGAUUUAGCGGGGAUGAAAAUUUCUUACGACACUUACAUCAAUUGGAGUCACAAGAAUGGGGCACAGCCCCUGCUGCCCGGAUUAAAGUACUCCCCUAACCAAUUGUUCUGGAUAUCGGCGGCCAUACGUCACUGCUCCAAAUAUUCGCAAGAGGGGUUGGAGCGCUACAUCGCCAAUUAUAGAACCACCAAUACAUCUCCUCAACAAUUUCGUGUGAACGGACCACUUCAAAAUCUAAACGAAUUUGCCUUUGACUUCGGAUGUCCUGUGGGAUCAAAAAUGAAUCCAGAAAAUAAAUGUAAUGUUUGGUGAUUGGUUUAAAUAUUGUAGAGAUCUAGUCAAUGUUUUUAUAAACGUACGUUUUGUUUAAAUAAAUACGCUUUAAUUUAUUCUUUUAGUUUCUGUAUUAUAAUAACAAUUUUUGUGUAAUGUAGUCGUGAAUUCUCUGUUUUUUUAUCCGUAUAGAAAAUGCCUGUAAUAUUAAUAUUUUUGUAGCACAGUGUUUCUUCUAUAAUAUAGAUGUAUAUAUUUUUGUUAAUAAAAGAUCAAGGAUA